UAGGACUCAAAUCUAUGGCGGGUUCCAAAUCUAUGGCGGAUUCCUAAUCUAUGGUAAAUAUGACGUAAUGCCGUCUCAAAUCUAUGGCAGUUUUUGUUUUCUCCAAAUCUAUGGCAGAUUUUGAAAUUGCCUAUUUUUCCGGGAAAAAGAGUUACAUAUAACGUCACAAUCAAAUAACGCCAUAUGACGUCAUCGCCGCCGCCGAAUUUGAAGAUGGCGGAACCCAUGAACACCAUUCCAGAUGAAGGUUUUGUAUUAGCAAAGGAAAAGAAGAAACCAGUUUCAAAGGACCCUAAUCCAGAAGCGUUUUGGAGGGACUAUGCAAAGGUAGUGUCCAUUUGCAAAUUAAAAGCAGAAAAUCCAAAAUGGGGAUCCGCAAAAAUAAUCAAGUUUUGCAAUGAACAGUUGAACGAUAGAAUGGUUAGAAAAUAUUUGGAAAAUUAUUUUUAUGAUUUGACUUCGAAUCAUUUGUAUAAAAAAAGUGUUGACCUAGCUACUCCUCAUAGGAAAUGUCUUUCAAAGGAGGAUUUAAUUAAUCUAGUAAAAAAGAAUCAUGCAUUAGAUCACAGAAAAUCUCACAGCAUUUAUGAAUCUAUUCGAAGAUUUGUUUUCCCAGUCGUAAGGGAAAACGUGAAGCUUUUAUUUGAUCUUUACGUGGACUGUGAACAAUGUAAAAGUGCUAUAUCUCUACCAAAAACAGAAAGAACAAGACGCCCAAUACCAGCAACUUAUCCAAAUUCAAGAUGGCAAAUUGACCUAAAAAAGAUGCCACCUCAUAAAGGAUAUCAGUACAUAUGUAAUAUCGUUGAUUGUUUUUCAAGAUUUGCAUUUGGCCAAGCAUGCAUGUAAAACUAAAAGUGCUACUGAAAUAAGCAAAGUUGUACUCAGUUACAUUUAUCUAUAUGGAGCUCCACGUAUUCUACAGUCAGACAAUGGAAAAGAAUUCCGGAACUCGCAUCUUAAAGAAGUUGUAAUACAAUUUGACACAGUCCAAAUGCAUGGUAGACCAUACCACCCACAAAGUCAGGGCAGAGUGGAACGUUUUAAUCGCACACUGACUGAGUAUUUUAGAAUUAAAAUGUCAGAACGUUCAGACUGGUCCGAUCAACUUCCUGAAUUUUAUUACGCAUAUAACAACAGGCUAAACAAGGCCACACGUCCAAAGACUCCAUAUCAGCUAUUUUUUAGUCGACCAAAUUUUGCUGUGCCGCUUGAUGAUCAGGUACCUUAUGCUUCUCUUACUAAAGAAGAACGAGACUUUUUAGAGCACGCCGAAUUAGAUGUUGAUGAAAAUGAGUCAGAGGAAGAACUCCCAGAAGUAUCUGUUGAUGUGCUACACUCAUCCUUAACUGAGGCUUCAGGUGGAAACCAAUUCGCCAGUACAAAUCAUAAUGAAGAGGAACUCACUUUACAUGACCAUGGCGUAAAUGAAGAACAUGGCAAUUUACCUCCAGAUUGUACCCAGGAAAAUGAUUUUGUAGUGCCCGAACCAUCAUUUUCACAAACUGUUAUUUUGCAAGAAAAUGUUAGUCCAUACUACAAACAAAUGUAUCAGAGAAAGUUUUAUAAUGAGCAAAAUAAAGAAAAUGUACCAGUUCAUCCACAGAAUGUAAAUCAAAAACAGUUACCGGUAUUUAACACUGGACUCACCGAUUUUUAUAAACAAAUUCACCGGGAAACAAUUUCAGCUUUUCCACUAGAGCAGUUUUCCGAUGGUUUGAGGGAAGACAUUACCUACUAUCCGGAAGAGGGACAAAAUGUGAUGUACAGACCGAAUCCUGCGAUGAACAAAGGCACCGCAGUUUUCAGUACAGGAUAUUUCAGGAAAGGGGUCAUAGACUCAAUUUCAGCGUCUACUGCUGGAAAAGUGUAUAAAGUGACAGAUCAAAUUACAGGAUACAAAUUUGAUUUAUAUCGUCAUCAAAUUAAAAAGAUGUGAUCAGGAGAAAAUAAAUAGCAUGUGAAGAGUCAAA